AUGAAGGGCCUUUUCUGGCGCCAGUUUGCCAUUCUCUUCUGGAAGAACUGGAUCGUCUUGUUGAGGCAUCCAUUCCUGAACUUCUUGCGGUGCUUCGUCUUGCCCGUCGCAUUUGGAAUAUUUCUUGCAGUUGCGCAGCUAUUCUUAACAAAGCCCAAUAAUUAUGGCAUAGGAAACCCCGUAUCCAUAUAUUCUCUGAGACAGGAGCUGGAUCCUAACUACGCAUUGCUAUGGGCUGACAGCACAGAUGGGACGAGUGAUCCCUCGCCAGCAAGUAUCAUCGCUCGCAUUACACAAAAUUUUACGACAUCGCAGUUAGCAGUAGUUCGACAACUAGAUUCUCCGGAUGACAUUCCCUCUGCAUGCCCUCAAAACUUCAACCUAUUCUCAGAGUGCUUUGCUGCCAUCGCAUUCUACAACAUUCCUGAUAACGGAAGUGCUGCGAAUCCAAUUAACUACACUAUUCACGCAGAUGCUGGACUUGCUCAUAUAGAUGUCGUCAAGCACUCGAGCGACUUUGAGAAGCGUAUUCUUCCUUUACAGUGGGCAAUAGACCAGGCUAUCAUUGAACUCAAGACUGGUGAACAAGCUCCCACCCCGAUUCAAUGGCCUUUUACCCAGGAAACCAAUGAGGAGCAAAAUACACUGACUCGUCUUAGCUAUAUUCGUGGGCUCCGAACGCUCCUUGUAUUGUUACUGUUUAUAUGCUUUGUUGGGAUAUCUUAUCAGCUGCCCGGUGCUGUUACUACAGAACGUGCCAAUCUCAUCACGGCACAUAUGAAAGCUAUGGGUCUCCUGGACUCGGCCAGAAUCUUGUCCUGGCAUAUAAGCAUCUCUCUAGCCUAUCUUCCGGCAUGGGUCAUUGUAUCUUUGAUUUGGCACUACCGGAUUUUCUCAAAAACCAACGCUGGAUUGGUAGUCGUCGUCCAUCUUCUUCUUGGACUGUCGUUGGCUAGCUGGUCUUUCUUCGUCGCAGCUCCGUUCGGAAAGAGUCCUCAUCUAGCUGCAGUCGCGUCGACGUUCUUAUCCAUCCUUUUUUCCAUAAUAGCUCUUGUCCUUAGCCAUCUCGGUAAUGUGGGGGCAUUCAUCUUCACGAUUGUUUUCCCCCCUGGAUACUACAUAUUCGCUAUACGUGUCAUGUGCGGGUUUGAGAACAACCUGCUUGCAACGAAUGUACUUCAGGGCGAUCCAGAUAAUGGUCUUCACCUACUUCCUCUCCUUAUUGCGGCUAUCAUUAACAUAUUUUUGUGGCCUGUGCUCACUGCUCUUCUUGAAAGACGGCUGUACGAUGCCCGAAACCUAUCAAAACCGAAAGGUGAUGAAAAAAAGCAUUCUAUCCCCGACAACGUAGCAGUCUCCAUCAAAAAUCUUGGAAAGACAUUUUCGACAUCCCUAUUUAGGCCUCAGAAGAACAUUGUCACUGCAGUCGACGGUCUGUCCCUUGACAUCCCAAAGUAUGGCAUCUCUGUUCUUUUGGGAUCUAACGGCGCCGGAAAAUCCACAGUGCUUUCCGUACUGGGCGGGCUCACGGGCCGUACCCGAGGUUCGGUGCUCUUUGAAGGUGGAGUUGAGCGUCCUCAGUCUGGGACACUGGGCAUCGUUUCCCAAAAGAAUGUUCUCUUCCCCGAGCUUACUUGUUAUCAAACCCUACGUGUUUGGCGGGCAGUCAAAUGGUCCGGUGAUAACUCCGAUGAUGAAGAUAUUGAACAACUAUUGAGAGAUUGUGACUUGGAGCAGAAGAUCCACGCAAAUGCGAGCACCCUCUCCGGCGGACAGAAGCGGAAACUGCAGUUAGCCAUUGGCCUUAUUGGAGGUUCUAAAGUCCUUCUAGUCGAUGAAUGUACCUCCGGCGUCGAUCCUUUGUCGCGCAGAGCACUUUGGAGGACCUUGACUUCUUUUCGGCAAGAGCGGACUAUCAUAUUCACCACUCACUUCCUGGAUGAAGCGGAUCUAUUGGCGGACAACAUUGCCAUCCUUGCAGCACCAGGAAAACUUGUAGCAAAUGGUUCUCCGGUAUCUCUCAAACAUGAUCUCGGAGAAGGUUACGUCGUUCAAGUGACAUUCCAUCCGUCCCUGACAGGAGACGAAUCCGGAGUACCGGCCCGUUUGCUCCAUCAAAUCCGAAGUGAUGUUCCAUCCGCAUAUUUGUUCACAGCAGCCCCCAAUCAGGUAUCGUAUCAUCUGAAGUCCAAAGAUUCCAGAGACGUCGAAAAGGUUCUCCAGAUUGUCGAAACCGAAAAGCAUGUUUUGAACAUCGCAUCGUACGAUGUCAUUGGAACCACCAUCGAAGACAUAUUCCUCGACCUUAUGGCGAAAAACGAUCCUCAAGCAUUCGACGAAAAGUAUACGCACCGCAGCACGUCUUCCUCCUUUUCCGUAGAAGAUCUACCUUCCUUACAGCUUUCAAACGGACGUCGCAUGUCUCCACUCCAACAGGCCAAGACGAUAUUCGUCAAGAGAACACUAAUCGCUCGAAGAAGUUGGCUCGCUCCAGCUUUGUCUGUCCUUGUGGCUAUCGCAGCGUCAGCUAUUCCCUUAGUGUUCAUACGUGGUUUACAACCUUCCUGCGUGAAAUCGUUCUCUACAUCGACUAAUAUACCACUGUAUCUUCCGAUAUCUCCUAUGGCUACAUCUGCGAUUAGUCUCGGUGCUCAGGUUCUAAACACACCUCCCGGCCUUAUCUUCAGCCUGGGUAAUAGCACGUCUAGUCUAUCUGUGGAGGAUAUCCUCGACAAUGAUACGUUCGUUGACACAAUCCGUCAAAAUUACCGCGCUUUAGCCUUGGGCGGUGUGUCUAUGAAUUUGAGUACGGGAUCAUCACUGCUUGCCUGGGAAGCAACAGCUCCAGGCCUCACUGGCGCUGCUAUGCUUAACCUUGUGAGCAACAUCCUGUUCAACAAUGCACUGAACUCCUCCGGUCAAAACGCCAGCUUCCCGACGGUUAUACAAGCGAACUACGAGAGUUUCCCUCCGGUUGAAGCUGGGACGCUUUUUGCUCUUAAGUGGGUCGCGUUCUUUGGUGCUGCUAUGUCUGUGUAUCCAGCUUUCUAUGCUCUAUAUGUAUCAAGAGAACGUCGUUCUGCCGUUCAGGCGAUGCAAUUUUCUAAUGGACUAUCAGACCCUAUGGGUCUUUGGCUAGGCCAUAUUCUCUUCGAUGCCAUUCUCGCCUUCAUUUCUUCUACAAUUAUCAUUAUUAUCUUUGCAGCUGCUUCGGACCAGUUUCAUGGGUUGGGAUUAUUUUGGCUUGUCAUGGUGCUGUAUGGCAUUGCGGCAACCUUGUUCGCAUACUGCACAUCUUUGGCGGUAUCCACACCACUCGCGGCGUUCGCUGCUGUGGCUGCUUAUGAAAUUGUCAUGCUUGUGCUGUAUUUGGCGGGUUAUCUGCUGACUCUCACAUACGCUAAAACGUCUGAGGCCAAUAAUAUCAUCACUAUUAUCCACUUUACGCUCUCCCUGUUGUCACCGAUUGCCAGUGUGACUCGAGCAGCUCUGGUAUCUGUCAAUCUCUUCUCACUGCUUUGUACAAACAGUGAGACCGUGUCUGCAUCACAUAUGGCGACGAUCAUGCGAUAUGGGGGACCUAUCGUCUACCUGAUUGUAUAUAUCUUUGUUCUUUUCGGCAUUCUGAUAUGGGUGGAUUCCGGCUCAUCGCUGCCUCCAGUCUGGUCUCGAAAAGUGUUUCAAAGAAAACCAGACACCCACUUGAGACGACAGCUAGACGUUGUUGCUGAAGCGGAUCAUGCUUCGUCUUCCAACGACCUUCUCCGUGUUCUUGGGGUUACUAAAACAUUCGGUGAUAGCAAAGUUGUCGAUGAUGUCACUCUGAGUGCUUCCCUCGACACGGUUUUUGCGCUUCUAGGACCGAACGGCGCUGGUAAAACAACAGCUUUCAACGUCAUCCGCGGGGAUGUGACACCUGACAGAGGCGAUGUUUACAUCGCCGGAGAAUCAGUUGUUCAUCAUCCAAGAAGAGCGCGGUUUGCUUUGGGAGUUUGCCCUCAGUUCACCGCUAUAGACUCUCAUCUCACUGUGAGGGAACAUCUGGAAAUAUAUGGAAGACUGAAAGGCUUAGAAAGGGGACUGGAACUUCGGAACAAUGUCAAUUCGUUGCUUAAGGCGACUUCCCUUGCCACCUACGCAGAUCGAUUAGCGAGUAAACUUUCCGGAGGAAACCAAAGGAAACUCUCACUUGCAAUUGCUUUGAUUGGUAAUCCCGCCGUUGUUCUCAUUGACGAGUUUUCAACUGGCGUUGACGCAAAGAUGAAACGAGAUAUGUGGAAGACCCUCAGGAAUGUCGUGGUAGGCAAAGCAGUCAUGAUCACUACGCAUUCGAUGGAAGAAGCAUCUGCUUUGGCAAAUAAGGUUGGCAUACUGGCCAAACGCCUUCUCGCUGUCGGCACUACGGAAUCCCUAUCAGCGCGCUAUCCCGCAUACGAAGUCCACUUCACCUGUCGGACACACGAAGAGACCACUAAAGCUCAGAUUCUAAUGGCGCAUAUACCCGAAACACGUAUGGCCGAUGAUGUCGCCACACGAUUCGAAGUUCCUAUAAGUGACGGUUUCUCACUUGCCCAACUAUUCCAGGUCUUAUCAAGGCACGGAGACUUCUCUGAAUAUACGGUGGAAAGGGCUACUCUGGAGAGCGUAUUUCUGAAAGUUAUUCGGGAGAAUAACGUGUCUGAAGAGGAUCAUAUUCGACAGCGUAGAUGGUGGUCACGGUGGUUCCCGUGA